AUGCCCGAUGCAAAGAGCGCAGCCGCCGCUGCUCUGCUGGAGGGCGGCAGAAAAUACGGCGCAAGCUUCCUCUCCUUCGUGAACGAGACAGGCUCCCCGUACCACUCUGUGCAGGCCGUUCAGCGCCGGCUGCUCGCCAGUGGCUUCACUCAGCUCGAUGAAAGAGAGAAGUGGGAGCUAAGGCGUGGAGGCAAGUACUUUGUGACCCGGAAUCAGGCAUGCAUCGCGGCGUUCACAAUUGGAGAGAACUUCAGAGGCUCCCACAGCGGCUUCACGAUCGUUGCCGCUCACACGGAUUCGCCGUGUCUCCGCCUGCGGCCGAAUAGCAACUUGAAGAAGGAAGGCAUCCAGCAAGCAGGCAUCGAGUGCUAUGGCGGCGGCCUCUGGCACACCUGGUUCGAUCGCGGCUUGGGCGUCGCCGGCAAAGUCGUCGUCAAAACGGAGAACGGCCUGGCGGAGAAGCUCAUCCGCGUGGAUCGCCCCAUCCUCGUGCUGCCCAACCUCGCGAUUCAUCUGCAGUCGGCGGAGGAGAUUGCUGCGUUUAAAAUCAACAAGGAGACGCAUCUGCAACCCAUUCUCUGUACGGAGGUGUACCGACAGCUGCUGGAGGCCCAGGCGGGUGACUGCGAAGUGGAGAAAACAGCCGAAGACAAGCGGGAGGCCGCGACAGGGGCGUCGUGCCCUCUCGUGGACCGGAAAAAUGAAGACCGUGCCGCUUCGCCGCUCCUCGCUCUCGUGGCUAAAGAGCUGGGAGUCCAGCCAGACGAUGUCCUGGAGUGGGACUUGUGCCUCAUGGACGCGACCCCGAGCAGAUUUUGCGGCAUCCAUGACGAGUUCGUCGAGUCGCCGCGUCUGGACAACCUGGGGUCGACCUGGGCGGCGUUCUCCGCGUUGAUGGAAGCGGCACCGGACUCGAAGGACAUCAGCCUCGCCGUCGGCUUUGACCACGAAGAGGUUGGCAGCGAGAGCUACACAGGCGCGGCCUCCACUGCGCUGGUGGUCUGGAUGGAGCGGAUCGUGCAGUGCCUGGACGUGUUCGACGUGUACCCUCAGAUUCUUUCGCGCUCCUUUCUCGUCAGCGCAGACAUGGCGCACGGCGUCCACCCGAACUACUCCGAGCGCCACCAGGGCCAGACAAAGCCCCUGAUGCAGCAGGGCGUGGUGAUCAAGGAGAACUCGAAUCAGCGCUACGCGACAAACGUGGCGACGAUUGCGCUGACGCGCGCGGUUGCGCAGAAAGGCCAAGUGCCUCUGCAGCUCUUCACCGUCAAAAACGACUCGCGCUGCGGCAGCACCGUGGGACCCAUCCUUAGCACCCGACUCGGUGUACGUACGGUUGACAUCGGCAUUCCGCAGUGGGCGAUGCACUCAUGCAGAGAGACGUGCGGCAUUCUGGAUCUCUACGCGCUUCAGUUGCUGCUCAAGGAAUUCUACACCUCCUUCCGUUCGAUCGACAGCACCUACCAGGAGGCCUAA